AUGCUUAAUAUGAUUAUAAUAACUUUAGCUAUAAUUAUUUAGCAUGCAGUAAGUGAAGAAAUAAUUAAUGCACGCACAGAUAGUAGUGAGAUAUCAACCUUAAUUAAUCUCAACUUAGGCUCUCCUCCAAUUCCUCUUAUCUUGUAGAUUCAGAUUGGAACAAAAUUUUUAGAAAAUCUGGGACAGUUCAUAUUUGAUUAGAGUAUUAGUGAAAUAGACUAGAAAUAUUAUGAGUAGUAAAAAAGACUUGGUGUUAAACAAUUUUAUGACAUAAAAUAAAGUCAAACUGCUUAAAUAGAGGAACCUUUUGAAAGAUAAAACUUACUAUAUAAGUCAUAAAUAUCUGGAGUCUUUGUAAAUGAUAUUUUAUCAUAUAAAAAUAUACAAACAAAGUAUAAAUUUGCUUGUGUAUAAAAUUUGAACAGUCUUUACUAGUCUUUCUACAACGGAGUUGUUGUUUUUGAUAGACUAUCAGAUAAUAUUAUUGACUAAAUGUAUAAUUAGAAUGCUAUCAGAACUAGUGAUUAUAUUUUAAGUGGCUUAAAAUAUAAUGUGCAGUUUGGAGAUUCUAAUAUAACAUAUAAUAGCAUUGAUAUUACUUUUGAUUUAGAUGCAAAAGCAGAAUAUUACAAUACUCCUUCUAAUCCUUUGGUAAGCAACUCAGAUACUUUUCAAAUUAUGAGCUAUGGAAUAUACUUAAAUGAUGAAGACAUAUCAGAAAAAAUAAUGCAAAAGAGAAUAAUAUUAGACUAAAUAACUAAUUAAUAAGGUAAAUUAGAUGAUACUGUUUAUAUUCCUAGUAGCUUAUAUUAGUUCAUUCAAAAUAAAUACAACAUACCUGAAGAUAAAAAUUUCCAAAAUUGUGCUUAUUGUUAAUGCUAAGAAGCCAUGAACUUACCUGAGAUAUUCCUUAUGACUGAAUAAUAUAGAAUUAGUGUCAAAGCUGAAAACUAUAUCAAGAAGAGUGAAAACGAUUGUUAUAUAACUUUAUAUAUUGCAGACAGCUUUAUUGUUUCUUCUGCACUAUUAUUUCAUUAAAAUAAUAAAAUAAUGUAUUAAAAGUAAUCUAACUCUAUUAAAAUCAUCAAUGCAUAGUUAAUAAAUCAUCUCGAAUUAAAUUCUAUAAUAAUUACCUUUCCUAUAUUUAGUGGACUAAUCUUUAUCAGCCUUCUAUAUAUCUCACUGUUAUGGUCUUUAAAUUUCAAAUAAUAUAAGUAAGAAGACUUAAGCUUUAUGAAAUAAUCUAUUAGAUUUGAAUUAAGAAAAAUAUAGUGA